GAGACUUCGGCGCCCAUUACAGCCGUGGCGCCCAUUCUGGACGUGAAUAUGGCUCUACAAGAAGUCUUGAAGACGUCAUUGACCCACGACGGACUGGCCCGAGGCCUACACGAGGCCGCCAAAGCACUCGACAAACGACAGGCCCACUUGUGUGUGUUGGCGACCAACUGCGAUGAGCCGAUGUACCAGAAGCUGGUGGAGGCGCUCUGUGCUGAGCAUCAGAUCGAUCUGAUCAAAGUGGACGACAACAAGAAGUUGGGCGAGUGGUCCGGACUCUGCAAAAUAGACAAAGAAGGGAAGGCCCGCAAAGUCGUCGGUUGCAGUUGUGUUGUCGUCAAGGACUACGGCAAAGAGACGCCUGCCAUGGAUUUCCUCAAAGAGUACUUCAACUCCAAGAAAUCCGGAGUUUAA